ACUACAAAGUUAGGAGAUGAGUUCUUGAAGGUUCCAAAGCUGGACGCUUCAGGAAAAGACUGGCCUUUAUGGAAAGGCAGACUCAAACUCUCAUUGUCAGCAAGAGGGCUCAUGGGGCACCUCACCGGGACGGUAUCAAAGCCGACGAAUCCGGCUGAUGGGAAAUCCGCUGGGUGGUUACCAUCAUCACCAGAUGAGAUAAAGGCAGUGCAGACUUAUGAGAAGGAACUCACACAAUGGCUCGAAAAAGAUGCCGUGGUCAAACAGCAAAUUGCUGUCGUGUUGCCGGACAGCCUAUUCGUCAAGCUUCUCUCAAAGCCAACAGCGAAGGACUAUUAUGACACGCUCAAGGCUCAAUUUGAGCAGCGGUCACUAGUUGUCAGUGUCGAGUUG